AUGGCUUUCCGUGCGCGCUGGAAGGAGCUCACGAAGGCCGGAUGGACCUCAAAGAAGCCUGCGGGACUCUCAGUCGACUACACCUACCUCAAGCCCGGUAAAACCAAGAACGAUGUCGAGAAUGAAGACUUUUUCGUCGGCGCAGAAGCGCUAAUGAAGUAUCUGGGUCAUUGUGAUCGUGGUACGUUUCGAGAAUGA